UAGAGAAAGACUGAUCCUCCUGACAGAAUGAGGUGAAAGGGGAGGAGCAGACUGAGAACGAGCGGUAAAGAUAGAAGGAUGAAGGGUAGGUGGUCAAGUACACAGACAGACCUCAGCAUCCAUGCUGCCUGCGCAGACUACUGAAGGCAAAGGAUCCAAGUAGUGAUGAAGGAUUACUGGCGUUCCCUUCUGUUCAUCUUCAUCAUACUUUGUGGAACCUGCCAGUCCAGGAACUCACAAACAGGAGAUCUGACCUGUGUGAAUGACUACAUGACAAACAUUUCUUGCGUGUGGUGGAACUGUAGCAAUUUUUCCAACCAGCGAUGUGAGCUUGAAGGGAUCUGGGGAAUAAUUAAUGAGGUGAGCCAAUCAAAAUCUUCUGGAUGUGAGCUGAUCCCGCAGAACAAUCCUUCAAAUUCUUCCAGAAGCUGUUUUUUAAUCUUAGAAAAUGCUAACUUCUUUUUCAUUAACAAAAUCUGGUUGUCUGUGAGGUGUAAUGGAUCUCUCAUCACCAGACUGCAUUAUCAGCCAGGCCGACACAUUAAGACGCAACCACCAGAUAAGCCUGUUGUAAAUGGAAGCAACGUGUCUUGGAGUAAAGGCAGUAACUUCCCUAAAAGCAUUAAGAAGCAUGAAUUUCAAUUGCAGUUUAAAGAUGCACAUACAAGCUGGGAGAUGGCAAAACCCGGCCAACUCUCUCAAGAAAACUACACGCUCCUGAACCAUGAUUUACUGACUGUAGGAGAAGUCUACCAGGCCAGGGUGCGUGUGAAGCCAGUUGAGCCUAAAAAUGAUGGUCAGUUUCGGGGGGAAUGGAGUGACUGGAGUCCUGCCGUAUCCUGGAGGUCUGAGAUUGGAAAGCUACCAGUGAAACCAGCAGAGGAUGGAGGAGCCAAAUCACCAAAGUCUGAUAAUUUGCCUGUAAUUAUGAUUAUUGGAAUCAAUGUACUGCUUGGUCUCAUUAUCAUACCAAUAAUCAUCUAUAAAGUAAAGAAAAGCAGCCAGCCAUUAAAACCAAUGCAGCAUGUUCCGGACCCGUCCAAAUACUUCCAGCCUCUUCAUACCAUUCAUGGUGGAAACUUCCGGAAAUGGCUGGGCGGUCAGAAUUCAGUCGGCCUGUUUCUUACACCUCAAUCCAGUGAUGACAUCUCACCCGUGGAGGUGUCUGACAUGUGGGAUGUCUCCUUAAUGGAUACCGAUGCCCAGAUGUCCACCAGCAUGCUAGUUCAUGCGGGUCAGGUGGACUCUGGAGUGGAGAACAGCGGCACCAGUAAAGCAUCGUCCUCCUCAGGUUUCUAUAACAUGGGCUACUUCUAUAGCAAAUCUCAUACUGGAUCACUCUACCUGGAAUCCUGUCCCGUGUAUUUCUCUUACCACCCUGAUGAGGGCACAAGCUCUUCUCUCUCAUCGUCCAGCUCUUCAUUCCACUCAUUGGGAUCCCCAAGUUCCCUACCGGAGCAGCCGAUGAGCCCGGAUUCAGGAUUUGCCAUGUCUGAUGAGCAGCAUUGUAAGGAUGAUGGAGAUGGUGAAGAGAUGGAAGGCGCGGUGAAAACCGUGGCAGAAGGAAAGGCAUUGGUUUCCUUCAUUAUGUCACUCUCCCAGGGUGGCGUUCAGCCAGCUGAGGGUUUCCCUCCAGUGCCUGUCCUCACAGCCUGGUCUGAACUUGCGAAGGCGCCCAGCUGUGCUUCUCUAUGUGAGCCAGCAGAGGGCGCUGCGCUCAGACCCUCCUCCAUGAUCGAGCCCAGCGGGAGCGGAUAUCUCACCCUGAAGGAGAUGCAGAAGUACAGUAAUAAAUCCAUCUGAAGGGAGGUUCACGGAGAGACUGGGGCAAGAUAAAAAAAAUGCUCAGAAGCAUGAAAUGCCUUUCAAAUGUUUAGAGUUGGUUUUAUGAUAAAAGUUCCUUUUAUUUAGUCAGCAAAGGCUGUAUUUUUCAAAUAAAAUACAUUAAUACUGUAGAAUUGUUAAAUAUUAUCAAAAUGCAAAAUAACCUUCAAAUAUAAUUGAUUCGUGUGAGGAUUUUCAGCAACAUUACCUCAAAUCUCCAGUCACACAGGCCUUUUGAAAAAUCACUCUAAAAUGCUGAUUUGAUGCUCAGUAAAGGUUUAUUACACUGUAAAACAGAACAGUCAACUUUAUCAAAUGAAAUGAGUGUAGUUAACUCAAAAUUGACUGAAAGUUAAUUCUACUCAUUUGAAGAGUUUUGAACUCAGUGUUAAAGGUAAUGAGUUAAUUAAAUACCUCAUUACUUCAACUUUAAUUGAGCAAGUUCACAGUACUCAUAUAAAUUAGUUUUUUUAACUCAAAUGGUUUGUAGCACUUGGUUUCCUCAAAUGGUUUGAGUUGCCUAAACUUACUGGGUUAUACAGUACUCAGUUGGUUUGAGUUCUCUUCAUUUAUUGAGUUUUACUGUGCUCAAAUUGCUUCAUUUACUCAAAUGGAUUAAGUUCACAGUACUUAUUAGGAUUAGUUUUUGAACUUAAAUGGUUUAUUGCAAUCGGUUUCCUCAAAUGGUUUGAGUUACUUUAACUUUUUGGUUUUUACAGUGUACAGGCCCGUAGCCGGAGGGGUUCGGGUGGUUCAAAACACCCACCCCUCACUGACAAAAAUCCAGAAUUUGGCCCAUACAUGAGCUCAUUUGUCCUAUUUUGACUGCUAUGCCAUCAUAAAUUGUGAAAAUAACUCAUCGAAGGAGGCUUUAAGAAAACUUUUUACAAGUAACUUUUAUUCUAAAUCUUGGACCUUAUUCUUGAAAGGAAAAAAGAAAAGAAAAAAAGCGAAGCAUCAAAGGUUAAUUUUGAAACUUAUAAACUUUUAUUUUAUUAUUAAUUUGGCUAUUGUUGUUAUCCAUGAAUUUUCAAAUGUACUUUUUACAAGAGAGGCUAGAAAAAUCAGUAAGCUCUACAUUAUUAUUAUUAUUAUUAUUAUUAUUAUUAUUAUUAUUAUUAUUAUUAUUAUUAUUAUUAUUAUUAUUAUUAUGUUUACAUUUUUUGUUAUUCGGGACAAAUUCUGACAGGAAAGUUGAACGUGCUGGCCAGUUUAUUAUUUGCCUAAUGAAUGACAAUUUAGUUUACUUAAUUUACAAAACAAUUUAUUUAAAGCCUUCACAGAUUAAAAUUUUCCCAAAUGAUAUAUGUGAUAAAUUUGUAUUUUAAAAAUAAUACAUAUAAAUAAUAAAUAUAUAUAUUUAAAAUCUUUAGUAAAUGUUUUUGGUACAUCAAAAAGUGUGAUUAUGAUGACCACCCAACAAGCUAGUCCAGCUAAAAAUUGUGUUUUAAUAUAAUAAAAUAAAUAUGAAUAAUAAUAACAAAAUGAAUAAUUCAUACAGCUUUUGAAAGACAGUGUAGUUUAAAGACUCACACAAAAAAGCUACAGAACAUUCUGACAUUUUUUAUUCAAGAGGCAGUUCACUGAACACAAUUAAAACAUCAUGCUCCAAUAGCUGCAUAUUCUGCCACUCUAUAGGGGUAAGUUGUAACAAAGUGAACCAGAACAAACCAUAAAUAUUAAAUAUAAUAGUACAUUAUAAAUAGGUCAUAACGAAUCUUGCUCUUGAAAAAUUAAUAUAUGUAUUCAAAGGUAAAUCAGAGACUUUUAAAAGAAGUGUGGUCUCCAUUCGAGCGCUUUGGAAAGAUGACUGCAAUUAAAAUUCAAUAUAAUGUUUUUUAUUAUAUACGCACACAAAUUGGUCAAUUUAAAUGUAUUUAAUUUUAUUUUAUACAUUUAUUUUAAAUGUCAUUUCUGUUUAACAAUGUUGGGAUGGGAAAAUACAUUCUGAAAUAUCAUAAACAAUAAUAUUCUGCUGGGUUUUGUAAUAUAAUCAAAAUCUAUAAAAACAAAGUUGAAAAAAGAAUUAAUAAAUAAAUAGGUCAUAACGUCCUCUAAAAUGAUAUCAAAUAGCUGUUUUGGACAUGUAAAACAUAUUGCUUAGACCUGACAUCUAUUAACAAUAUUCAUGAACAAUAAUCAGUUCAAAUAGUGACUCUGUAUUAUUGGUUUAUGUAGCUAGCUCUUUUAGAUCCGGUCUCCCCAAGAGAUUCAAUAUACAGCCCUGCUAUGUAACUGCCAAUUAUAUACUUUACUUUAUUCCAUUUCAAUGAACAAUAAACUAUCAUAAUAAGGUUAAAGAUCCACAACAGCUGCAUUAUGACAGCUCUGAACUGUUACAUUCCUGAUACUUCUGUACACAGACAUGAUAAGCUAGAUUUAAAGUUCUGGGUUCAAUACUGAAGCUUUAUUUGAAUUUCAGUUCUAAUGCAAUAAGAAGACAGCUGCUUAUACAAAAAUGCAAGCUUCACAUUUGUGUUUUUGAACCCCUCUUACAGACUUGCAUUACUGAACAUGUUUUGCGUUCAGCAAACUGACGAUCACUUAAACAUUCUGUUAUACUUUGUGUUGUAUUAUAUGUGUUGAUUGACAUAAAGGAAGCAGUACAUGUGUCUAAUAUCUGUUGUUCAAGUCUGCUUUGCUGAUUUAAUCAUGUUUAAUUUGGCAAUUUAGCUUAUAUAACUUGAAUUGUAAUGCCAAAGAAAAUUACAUUUGCUAACAUUCGAUAUUUUAGAAUCUAAAAUAUACACUGCUCAUCUAAAAAAGUAAUAAAGGUCACAAAAUUUACUUUUUAGUUCAAUCUCUAUGCUCCCUAGCAAAUUGAAGCUUUUUUUUUCAGAUUAGCAGAUUAGGCUCACUGACAAGUAGUUUUCUUAAGGCUACACAGUUGUUUAGUCCCAAUCCCUUCAGUUUCCUUCACAUUGUGCAUGUGUAAAAGCUUUUACUUUCACUAAUAAACAUAAACUUAAGUUUUACUGUUGUUUUUCUACGAUUUGAUUUCAUCAGAUCAUUAAGUGAUUGCUGAUCUCAAUUAUUUAGGAUUUAUUUUCCAAACUAAAUCUCUUCAUCAAAGAUGAUAGUUCCCCAUUAUCCUUCCAGUUUUGCGUUAAACAGUUCUCAAUGCAAUUAGUUUCUGCAAUUUCCUUAGAUGUUAUCUUUGCCAAUAGUUUGACCUUUCUGAAACAGACGAACAGCUUUCAGCGACCACAAGAUGUGUUUUCUGAGAAGUUUGUUUAAGAAAUGAGAAGCUACUCUCUGCAUCAGUUACAGUUAAAUAACUUGUUAUCAGCUGAAACAUAAUCACCCAUGCAGUAAUUAUUGAAUGGGAGGUUCUUACCUAUUUGCCAGGUUGUCAAUUUAUUAGAUUUUUUUGGAAAGGGCAGUGUAUAAUUGGCUCAAACCUAGUGGUUUAAGUCUUAAAGUUUUUAAUAUUGAAUGCAAAGCAUUUGCUUUAUUUUUAGCUGCUAUUUACUUGUUCAUAACAUCAAUGUGUUUAUGUGAUGAACGUGCUAGAAAUGCUGCUUUUGAAAUGUGAAUUUAUUUUUUUUCAAGGGACAAAUUCAGGAAAUCAUUGUUGUCUUUAUGCCUAAAGCCUAAAAGCUGUUCAGGGUAAAACUCACUAUUGAUGGUAAUGAUAUCUGUACUUUUUAUAACAAGAUUUUUAGUGGCAUUAUUUGGGUAUUUCUAUAUUGUACUCUUAAAAACUUGGUAACAUUUCUUUUUUUGAUACUGUUAAUAGGAAAUAUGUAUUUUUAUAAAAAGAAUGCACUUAUUUAUGGAGGUCUGUUUCAGUCACAGAAAUAAAUAAAAUCUUUUUUUUAAUUCUGAAUUAUAUAAUUAAAUCUGACUUGAAAUCUCACUCAAUUGUGGAGAAAAAGUCACAUUUGAGGUAUAAAGUAUUGUUGAAUAUACAGGCAGAACUGAAGAAUUUUUUUUUAAAAGAUUUAACUAGUAUUUUUUCCUUGGCAAAACAAGCUUCCAUACUUUGAUAUUUUAUGCUUGAUAAAAAAAAAUAUUUUAAGACUGUUA